CCAUCUUCUUUUUUCUUCUAGGCAAAUAUGUUACAAAUAAUGGUCAGAGCUUGGUUGGAAAUUCACUGGAGGCCAGCGUAUUCCCAAAUACAUAACUGCUUAUUACAAAAGCAGGUUAAAAACUGGCACAGGAGCCUUAGCAUAACCAGCACAAAAUGUUCAAAAUCUCAGCGGAGAAGCUGUAAAGCAAAUAUAUCUGAGAAGAAGCUGAGUCGAUAUUUUGUCGAUCAUCGAAAGGUACAUGUGGUAGGAGGGAAAGGAGGGGAUGGAAUUGCUUGUUUUCUCAGUGAACCUAGAAAAGAAUUUGGAGGUCCCGAUGGAGGAGAUGGAGGAGAUGGGGGACAUAUUAUAUUUAAAGUGGAUCAGCAAGUCAAAUCCUUGGCCUACCUCCAUCCAUUUUAUAAAGGUUUCAGUGGGGAAAGGGGGGGAAGCAAAAACUGUUAUGGAUCAGCUGGCAGAUGCCUUUACAUUAAGGUUCCCAUUGGUACCAUAGUUAAGGAAGGCAGCAACCUUGUAGCUGAUCUCAACCAUCACGGUGAAGAAUACGUUGCAGCGUAUGGUGGAGCUGGGGGGAAAGGCAACCGUUUCUUUCUGGCUAAUGACAACCGAGCACCAACAACUGCUACUUCAGGAGAACCGGGUCAAGAAAGGUUUCUUCACUUGGAGCUCAAGACUGUGGCCCAUGCAGGGAUGAUAGGGUUCCCUAAUGCUGGGAAAUCUUCACUCUUGCGAGCUAUCUCCAGAGCAAGACCCGCUGUGGCUCCAUACCCAUUCACAACCUUGAAUCCUCACGUAGGCAUUGUUCACUAUGAAGACUACGAGCAGAUUGCAGUUGUAGAUAUCCCUGGAAUAAUAAAAGGAGCCCAUGAAGACCGAGGGCUUGGCUUAGCCUUCCUGAGACAUAUAGAACGCUGCUGCUUCCUUCUGUUCGUGUUGGACCUCUCUGUGGCUGAGCCCUGGGCUCAGCUGGAAGCCUUGAAAUACGAACUGGAGCAGUAUAAAGUUGGCCUGUCACAGAUUCCUCAGGCCAUUGUUGCAAACAAGCUUGAUCUUCCAGAGUCAAAGAACAAUUUAUCUCUCCUCAAGGAGCAAGUGAAGCAGAGAGUCAUCCCGCUAUCUGCUCUGACAGGAGAAAAUCUGGAGGCGUUGUUGCUGCAUCUGAGAGAACUCUAUGAUGAUUACCUAAAAGCAGAAAACGAACAGGCUCGCAAGCCAAUGAAAUGGUAGUCAGUAACAGCUCUUCCUUUGUCAUGUUGAGAUAGGAAGGAAAAGUAUAGUUGGAAUUUGGGGGCGGACAGCAGAUACAGUCUCUAAAAGCAGAAGAUUGCUUUGAGAGACAGAGCCCUACCAGCAGAGUGUGCUAGUAGCAGGUGAGAAAGAAUGAUCAAUCUGUACAGAUAAUAAAUUAAGCAAAACAUGAGUCCACCAUGCAACAGAGAGUGAAAUGUUCUUAAGCCUAUAGAGAUCUAAAGGGCAUAAUGUAAUCAAAGGUACAUUCAAUAAUUUAAUAAAGGUAAGUUUAUUUAUU